AUCGACUUAGCAGUGCAGCAUGGACUCGGCUGGCAGGCACACACUUCUUUCAAAGAAAACAGGUGCCAACGGCGAACGUGCUGUCGAGUACCGUUGUCGGAUCGCACGCGAGUGAGAGAGAGAAAGAGAGAGAAAAAAAAGAUAGAAAGAGAAAGAGAGAGAGAGAAAAAGGGAGACACACUCACAGAAACAGACAGACAUACACAGUGGGGUGACAAUAAAAAGAAAAAAAAAGUAGAGAGAAAUAUACAAAGAAACAUCCUCAUUCCCCAAAGUUUUUUUUGAGACACACGUUUACGUGAAUCUGAUUCACGAUUGAUUAUUUCGGGAUAUGAUGAAAAGAAACGCGAAGUACGACGAUCGGCAAACGUUGCAAAAAUAUCGAUUAGAAAAUGCUUAGAUAUUCGUAACAGUAAUUGAGAUUCGAGUACGUAAAUCCAUUUGUAUUUCGUCGAUGGGAAGAAUCGAAAAUAGGACGGUCGCGAGUUCAAAAUUCCCGCGCGCGCAACUCCCUUCUCGUCCUUCCAUUCAGCGUACGCGUCGACGAGAUUGAACGUAAGGGCCCGCGAGUAGCCGUACGCGAUACGACAAAGAUGUGACGCAAUUCGGACGUUCCUUUUACCGGCCCUUUCGGAAGUGAGCGCGGAAAGAGGAAGAGAAAUAGAGAUAGAUACAUAAAUUGAUAGAUAGAUAAAGAUAGAUAGAUAGAGAAAGGGAGAGAAAGAGAGAGAGAGAGAAAAAUAUAAAGCUUUUGUUUUUCGACAAACUAAAUAAAAAUGAUGGCGACACGUUCAUCGGCUAUGACGAUACUACUUCUCUUGACGAUCUUCAUACUCGAGCUGAUCUACGCAAAGGAUCAUGAUGGAUCGAGAUUGGAAUAUGAGGAUUUUCUUACAACCACUGAAAGCUACGUUCGUCUUCGCGUCGACAGAGAAACAACAGAGAAGGAAGAAAAAUUUCAAGGUCUAGUGUCCUCGAGCACCGAGAUACCCUCCAUCGAAGUACUCUCGUCGAAAGCUAAGAGGGAACAGGUACUGCGAAACAUUCUUGCAGCUCGAAGACGACGGAUGUCGAGGCAACGAAACGGCCGUCUCAUCGACGUCACUCCAAGGGAUCCACCAGAUAUCCUGGAAGCACAGGAGACGAAGAACGAAGGAGUGUAUGCUAGUGUUUCUAUGGCGAAGAACGGUACCGACGAUGCUGACAAGAAAACGUUCAAAGUAACGAUGGAAGAGAACUUAACGACAUUGAUGAGCGAACGAGAGAACAUAGAGUCCACGAUGACGAUGGCGCCAGUAACGAGCAUCCCCAAGUCCUUGGAGACUGAUAAUGUUCGUAAAAAAAACAUCGUUUCAAUGCCGGAUUCUCUUUACAAGCACUUUAGACCCGUCGAAAGUAACAUUCCUAUGGAGGACAUGUCGCAGUUCCUUUAUUUCGGUCAGAAACUACAACCUGAACUGCAGAACGUAACGACAGUUGGUAACGAUUCGAACGAACUUGUCUCAGUUACUCCAACAACCUUGCGAAGGAGAAAUUCUAGCAAGAGAACCAGCUUGUCACCGCUUACGACGUCGACAACGACAACGACAACGACAACUACAAUGACAACGACAACGACAAUGACAACGACAACGACAACGGCAACAGGAACGACAACGACGAUUCGACCUGAAGAAAUCUCGAAGGAGGAGACCAACGUUGCUUUGGAAAGACGUAUGAUCGAGAAGAACAAAGUAUCUAAGACAACGAAGAACACGUUGCGAGACGUGCCGAAUUUGUAUUACAGGAAAACGAGAUUGUCUGACUCGACAAUUGCCACGAACGUGAUCCCUAGUAAGGACAUGACACAGAAUGGAAAUACGACAGAGCUCGAAGAGCAAACAGUGGAGCGGAAGGAUGAGAACGGUGUUCAGAAGAUGAAGGUGUCAAGAGGUAGUUUUCGAAGGAGUAAAAAGAUGGAAGAUACCGAAGAAAAAGUUGAAAACGAUGAUGUUACCGAGUACCGUUUAUCGAAGGACGAUAAGAAGUCUCGCGAGAGUAAUAGCAUCGACGAGAGUACGGCAAGUUCGACGAUAUUAAGAAUCGUCGUGACGGAACCUUACAACAUCGAGUCUUCGGUCAAAGACUUUUCGACAACGACGACGACGACGUUGAUGCCGAUGACGACGAUGACGGCGACGACGGCGACGACGGCGACGACGUUGAGGACUACAACGCAAGAGACUCGCCGGCAUCACCAGCAACACGUGUACGCGUAUACGAUAACCAACGUGACGAGACUGUUGCGCAACUACACUGGACCUGGGCUAAGCGGAGAGACUGGAGUAAGAGGAACAGGAAGAGUUGACGGAGGAAGUGGUGGAGGAAGAGGAGAAGAAGGAGGAGGAGGUGGAGGCUCUCGGAGGAGCGCUUCCAGCGAGAUAACGAACAGCAGGGUAGAGUCACCGUCGACGGAGGCUUCCGCCGGUGCUGCCGGCAUCAGCGAGGAACCCUCGCAAUCCGCUGGACUCAGUACUGGCAGGAGCGUCGAAGCGGUUGGAAGACCGAGUACGAUCGCUACUCCCUCCUUGGUGGGGGAACGACGAAGAAAAGUCCUCGCGAGCGGUGCCCACCGAACCGGCGCUCAGUCAGCGCCGCAACGCGCACCCGUGAGAAUCGCGAGCGCUCUUACUCGAAACAGACAACAGCAGCAUCAGCAACAGUGGCCCGAUAGAGUAGCCCUCGUUAUCAACGAAGGUUCAAUCGACCCUUAUCUUCAUCAUCAUCAUCAACAGCAUAAUCAACAGCAUUAUCAUCAUUAUCAUAAUCGAAGUUUUCUUCAUAAAUCAGCUAGCGCUGUCUUACACAGCGGUGCGGUGAACCCGAAAGACGCGAGCCCGGAAGCGAUGCCUUCCACGGGCACGCGAGAUACCGUUCUCGUUGACGCUGACAGAAAGAAUUCCCUUGAUCUGGAGCGUCGAGAGGAUGAAUCUCGUAUUGAAAAUGAAGCCUCCUUGAAGGUCAAUCGUACCUUUGAAGAAAAAUUUACAACAAAUGAAAGUUUGUCAGAUUUGAAAGUCCCGGAAGAGACAACGAACGUCGAUCUUCUUUCAUCUUCUCCUUUGACCGAUGAUUAUACCGAAGCUUCGAUCGAUAGCCUGUCUAGCUCCGAUACCAAAGACGAGGUUCGGAAGGAGAGCAAUAACGAGCACCACUCCACCAUAAUGACUACGACUACGAUGCCGCCGGAAGUUACGACUAGUGCAUCCGUAUUUCCGGUGACACCCAAGUUACUCGUUGAAACGAUAUCGAGCGAUAAUCGUAUGUUAAGCUCGAGUACGACGGAAUCUAUAAAUCGAUUAACUUCGAGUAGAAAACCGGAUCAAGAUAGACCGUUCGGUUUAGCGGCAGAUCUUGAUCCUUCCGAGAUUCAAAAGAUGUAUAGAUCGCAGAACACUUCGAGCACGGAGAGUAAUACUUUGCCGAACUUGGAAACGUCCACCGUUUCGAUAAAUUUAUUUCCAAAUCGAAUUGCUCAACAGCAUAUGCACGAUUUUCACGAAAGCAGAGGACGCAGUUUCUCAGACAAAACAAAACAGGAAGACGAUGUACUUCCUAUAAUGCAACUUUACAACACCUCAGACAUAUUCAACGAUAGCAGCACCCUCGGUCCUGCUACUCGUACAGUCGAACUACCCUUAGAGGAAAGUAAUGUGACUAAAGACAGAAUGGAGUCACCUCAGGAAGCUCCUGCUUCGCGAUACACCACUCCCUCUGCUACCAGAAAACCCACCGUCAAACCCACCCCUAAAUUAACCACCAAAUCAACCCCUAGAACCACUAUCAGACCUACUAGUACAUCUUCCAAUUUCGUUAAUAGGACGAGGUACAGAUCGAUUUAUCCGAAUCGCUCCGUUAUAUCGGAUUAUGCCGGUUUAGGUUAUCAACCGAUCGAAUUCAAUAGGACAUUUUUUGAUAGUGGUUUGAUCGCCGUUAGCCCACGAGAGUCUGUGAAUAUUAGUGAAGUGACGAAGAGACACGAUGUCGACGCCAUUGCCUCACAAGAGACCGUAGCAGUAGUCAGUUAUAUUUUGGCUACGCUCGUCGUAUUUCCAAUUGCCGUUGGCGUUGGACUCAUUCUUAGAAGACUGAUCAUUAGGAAUCGUAAGGUGCUUGAAGAAUCGGACACGUCAUCCGAGAUAAGUUAUAGGAAGGACGCUCUUAAUCUCGAAAAUGGGGAUUUUAAAACGUCCAUCGAGAAGGCGAUUACAAAGCUACCGAGGAUACAACAUUUGUGUCACGAAGCGGAGAAACCACCGCCACCUCCGUCGCAAGAAUCCAGAUGGGAGUUUCCUAGAGAUAAGCUUAGGUUACAAACGGUCCUCGGGCAAGGAAACUUUGGACAGGUUUGGAAAGCCGAAGCCGACGACUUGACUGGUCAUCAGGGUACAACGAGAUUAGUGGCUGUUAAAACAGUGAAAGAAGGUGCUUCUGAACGUGAAAAAGAAGAUUUAGUACGGGAAUUAGAGAUCAUGCAACAGCUUGGUAGUCAUCCGAACGUUGUAACACUUUUAGGUUGUUGCACCGAAGAGGAGCCCCAUUAUUUGAUACUCGAAUACGUGAUGUACGGAAAGCUAUUGGCUUAUCUACGCGAUCACCGCACCAGGCAGGACUUUUACAAUUUCAGUGAGGACUCGGCGGCCCUGACAUCGAGAGAUCUGACGGUAUUUGGAUAUUGCGUCGCUAGAGGCAUGGAAUAUCUCGCGUCAAAAAAGAUAAUACAUCGUGACCUCGCAGCUAGGAAUGUUUUAGUCGAUCACAACAAACUCUGCAAGAUCGCGGAUUUUGGAAUGUCGAGAUUCGCGAAUGAAGACGGCGAGGUGAUCGAAACGAGACACGGUAGAAACGCAUUGCCGAUAAGAUGGAUGGCACCAGAAUCGUUGAUUUAUUCUCUUUUCACUACGAAGACUGACGUUUGGAGCUUCGGCAUUUUAAUGUGGGAAAUAGUAACGCUCGGCUCAACGCCGUACCCGGAUAUGACGGCAAGGGAAGUCAUGCGGAACGUGCAAAGCGGUUAUCGCCUCGAGAGACCGUCCCACUGUCGAAGCGAGCUCUUCAGGGUGAUAUCCCGAUGCUGGCACGCUGAUCCCGACCGCAGACCAGAAUUUCAAAUUCUAAGGAGGGAUCUGGCACAACUUCUCGAGGACAAUAUGAACGGCCAUUACGUCGAUCUCGAGAGUUUCGCUUCCGAGUGCACCGACUGACGCCAUCUCGAUUAGACUACUCAUUUCUUACUUUUUGCUAAACUUCGAUAUUCUGAUCUUUACCGUCAAACGAAAGAGAUAAGAAAUAUCAUAGAUCGAUUUAUCGAAGCAAUCGAAAGUUUAUAUUAGAAAACGAACGAAGUUUGCCAUUUUUUACGCCGAACUUUACGUAGGUCGAGACGAACCAGAAAAAGAUUCGUUAAUUUAUUUUUCUUCUUUUUUUUUUUUUUAUCAUACGCGCGAUACAAUCAAAUCACGUUUGUGCUCAGGUAAAGAUUUAAACGUGAACAAUGGGGGGGAAGGGAUAAGGGAGAAAUUUAUCUUCAUAUAGAUUUACGUCCAUCCGUCCAGAAUUUUUCUUUAACGAGAGUAUCGUUUGUAACUCGAUCGUAAAGCAUGUGUAUCACAGAAACCAUUAGUUAGAGUUCGAAAUGUGCUAUAAUAUUAAUUUAUUCGUUAGAAUCUAAUUAAUUAUCUUAAACAGGACAAACUCGACAAUAACACUGCAUCGUGUUUUUACAAAGAUAUUAAUAUCUCUUUCGCGAUAUCAUAAUUUUUUUUUCCUCAUCACUUUUAUUUCGUUGUCGCGAACUUGUAAAUAUUAUUGAAGUUACAAUCGUUGCGUUAUUACACAAAAAAUAUAUAUGUAUUUUGUUUAACGUAUUUACCCCCAAUCAAAAAAAAAAAAAGGCACGAAUUUUUAUCUUAUGUUCUCCAUCAUUUUAUAAUUAUUGUAUCAAUAUUAUUUCAUCAUGGUAUCAUUAUAAUUAUUUUAGAUAUCGUCAUUAUUAUAAUAAGUAGGAAGAUAGAUUUUAUAUUGUUGCAGGCGUUUAUUUUUAAUCAUUCUAGUCUUUCGACGCAUUUGGGGUUUCGAUUGAUUAUCGUCGAUGUAUUAUGAUUUAUUUUAUCUCUUUUAUUUUUUCCACUUUUCCGAUAAAAAUUUAAAAAAUUUAUUGCCGGUUUAAAAGAGAUCGACUGUUAAAGAUCGAUCGGAACCCCAGAGUUGUCAGUUGAUUAUUUCAUUAAGUUUUAAUCUUAUAAUUGCUAUAUUAUAGUUAUUGCAAAUCUUGAUAAAACCGAGUUUCUCGAUUUAACGUUCGUUUUUCACCUUGAAAGAAAAAAAAAAAAAAAAAGAAAGAAACGAGGUUGCGUCUUGAUCCUUACGUUACGAUGUUUUUUCUUCUUCCAAACAAAACAACAAAACAAAACAAAAAAAAUAACAAAAAAAUAAACAAAAAAGAAAGAGAUAAUACAAGAAACAAUGUAUGUAGACUCGACGAUUGUAUUAAGAAGUUUUCUUUUUUUGUCUUUUAUUUCGUCAGUAAACGUUAUCCGAUUUUUUCAACGGA